AUGGUGCUGAAAAAAUCCAACUCCAAACUCAACUCUGGGGCUACUCAAAGAGCAGUCACUCAUGCAGGAAUAAACAAGCUACAGAAUGUCUGUCUCACCCAUCAUCCGCACAUCCUCAAUGUGGAGAAUUAUUUGCUGGUGACCACAGAUAUAAGCAUGGCCGAUCAAGAGGCAAAGGACAGACUGCAAGCAUGCCUUGGAGAGAUGUACACUUAUCUUGGCUUCGAUAUGCCAAACUUAUCGCACGCAAUCAACGGAAACGUAUCUCGUAGCAAUGUACUUCCAAAUUCAGCUAAAUACGUCACUGAAUGUUCACUAGAGAAAAACCGAGCAUGGCUGUUGCCAGAAAGGAUAACAGAAAUGCAAGCAGACGUUGAUUUCCUGAGGAGUUUAACUCGGAAUUUGCAUAUUAGGUUUCACGAGGUUGUGAACGCUAUGAUAACUACGAGCUCAAUCAAUUCGCUGAAAUCGGUAAGAACUAAAACCUUUUCUUCCUCGGAAAUCCUGGAUGAGCCAUCAACCUGUGAUAAACAACCGACUGGAACCAAGGCUAUCAAAUCCAGACGAAAACAAACUUGUCAUAACAGGGGAGUGCAGAGAUCGCAUUUAUUUAAUAGAAAGCAGAAAAAGGGUCACGAAUUACAGCAUUGUGAAGAAGAAAAGGAAAAUAAAUUUGGGAAUUUAGAUGUAUAUUUGUUUGCACCAAGUCGCCUUGAGGCCCGAAGUACCUAUUAUAGAAUGGAGAAAAAGUUUGCUAGACGCACCAACGCUUCUCGCUUGAAGUCUUCCACUAAAAUGAAUGGUCGUAGCAAAGGCAGGUUUCCCUGCCGCCAAGGCUACUGCAAUCGAGAUCUUGCAGUAGAUGCAAUGAAUGGCAUCAAAGAGGUUUAUGAAGACAACAUAAACUCAACAGAUUUCGAUAAUAACGAAGCAGUAAGCACAGCUGAUGUACGAAAAUCACCGGAAAUGACAUAUUUCAUCACUGACUUCAUUAGUAUCAGAAGACGUGGCCUGAAAGGAGAAAAAAGGGACAAAAAGAAAGAGAAAAAGAAAGUAUCUACAGAAGAUGAAGAAGAUACAAAGGGUUAUGCCCAAUUAUUAAACCGAAUUCGGCAUCCAAAAGGAUCGUUUGUUGUCGUUUCUAAAGACGAGUGUCACUUGGAAGAUAAAAACCACGAGGUAAUCCCCAGGUCCUUGCCUCGACAGGAAGAUUCAGGCGUUACGCUGAACGAUACCUGGCCUGUAGUAGACGAUGGUAUAAGAGUUCAUACAAAUGAGAACGUAAAUUCUACCAGAGUUUGUGAAAUAGAAGGUAUAAAUGAUUUCGACAGUGGCUUUGUGUUGGUUAAGCUGGUAUUGUCUGAGGAACAAGAGAAAUGGUUUUCUUCAUCACAAGAACGGAGAAAUACUGAAAUGUUUAUUGACAACAAGUAUCUAGUUAAAUGUGGCAAUAGUCAUCCUGAGUGUUUUAUUGUUGACUGUAACUCGGACAAGAUACAAACAAGUGGUCAAGGCUGGAGAUUGAUCAAUGGGAGAAAGAGUCCUUUAGAGAGUGACCUUUGGCUCGUGUCAAUUCAAAAUCAAUGGCAAACAUCCGUGCAAACAAAACAGUAUGUUCAAAACUGCAUUCCCAACUACAAGAAUACGAGCCUUUCUUUGCGUCAACUUAUCACUUUGGUUACGGCUCUCGAUGGCAAUGAAACAGUCACACAACCAAGCCGAACUUCACAACCAGUUAAAGAAAAAUGGAUGUCUUCAAAUAUUGUCUGGCGCAAUAUGCCGCUUAACAUUGUUACUACAACAGAGAGUUGCACAAUUGAGGAGACACACAGCAGAUUGAAAGAAACAUGUGUCAUGAGCAGAAAUGUUUCCCAACAGCAGAUUAUGACUGUCGAGUCACCUGAAGACUCCCACUUGACCCAGUGCGGUGUCUGUUUCAUGGAAUACGAUAACUCAAACCUGGCUACUUCACCGGUUGUCCUUCUUCCUUGCUCACAUACGUAUUGUGUUUCCUGUUGGCGCGCUCACUUACAAAACUGUAUCAGAAAUGGCGCAAACAGUCUCCCUUGCAUGAGCACAAACUGCACAAAUCUGAUGGACAUUGUCACAAUUUCUACAAUUUUACCUUACACUUUAGUCCGCCACUGGCAGAACCAGGUUAUCAGCCGGCGCAUUGAUUCUAGUCUCUACUGUCAGUGGUGCCCAAACUUUGCCUGUGAUAAAGUUGCCGUGUCCAGAAACGAGAUGUUGAAACAACAAUUUGGGAAAGUGAUCACUUGUGUCUGCCAACAGUGUUGGUGCAGCGGCUGUCAGGGAGAUCCCCACUGGCCGUCUUCCUGUGACCAGAUGGCAGCCUACAGAAAACUGCUGACAAAGACAAACAAAACAAUAACAUUUUCUAAGAAUGUUAUAACUUUCGAAGUGGAGGUCAAGCGAUGCCCUGGUUGCCGGUAUCCAAUUGAAAAGAAUGCGGGCUGUCCAACAAUGAACUGUGCUAUGUGUAAGCAUUGCUUUUGCUGGACAUGUAUGAAACCAUCUCACACUCACAGCGUGUGCAAAGAAAAGAAUGUUGAAACAACCGUUCACGUCCUAAAAAACAAGCUAGAAAUUACAGGACCUCUCCAUUGGUAUCCUCGUUGUCUCAGAUUAAAAAUAAAGAUGGAACAGAUGAAAAAGAUUCAUUACUGGAUUCACAGUCUACGCAGGAAAGCUGCCUGUCCCCGACUGCUAUCAUUCCCUGUCUACCCAACUAACCAAGCUGCUCAAACCGCAACAUCACGUGCAGAAGAAUGUGUGCUUUUCUUCAAACAAGCCUACGCGUUCCAAGAGUCAAUGCACGUUCUCACUGGCUUUGCUGAGCUCAGCGAGUGUCCUAGAAGCAGGUCUUGUGCUAAGCAGUCCCUGUCUAAAAUGUCCAGAUUGGAUUUCAUCAUGUGGCGAUUGAGGGAGACUGUUUUAGAGAAGUCCUUGUCGCAAUUAUGUAAAAGAGACACAGCCACGGAACAUUUAAUACGAGCUGGACGUGAUGUGAUGAGAGAACUUUCAGUGCUGGUCCCUGCUUUACAACAUUUCUCCAAAGACAUUGACACAACUUCAGUUGGAGAACUGGACCCUGCGCUGAUGAUUCGACACAAAUAA